UGCUACUUAAGCUUGUGGCGCGCGCGCUUAUCUGUGUUUGGAAGAGAAGUGAACGUGUUGGGAAAAUUAAUACAAACCCCAAAAGUGUUACUUCCGUCCUAUAAUUUAUUAGUUUUAUCAUUAUUUUCACUUUUCAGGUGCGGUUUUUCUCGACAGAUACCCGAAGACAUGAGUUCUGUCCGAAAAAUGAAGCAGGUGGAGAACCCUCGUGAAAAUGUAAAGAAUUUUUUCGUGGCACAAACAUCAGGCGAAUCUUCCAGGAGAAGAACGCUUCAGGUCCUCCAGCCAUCUGCUGUAAAUAAACCUCUUGGGAAGAUAUUUGAGACUGGGAAAUCUGUUCCUAAGAGGAAGCUGUGGUGUGCUGACCAAGUGAAAGGCUCAAAGAGAGUUAAAGCUGAGGUGGCAGUGAAGCAUGCAGAUGCAGAAAACGAAAACCAAACUGAAGGAAUCUCACAGGAAGCUUAUGAGCUGAUGGUCAAAGAAACCCCUACGGCAUCUUACUGGAAGGAGUUGGCAGAGGAGCGGCGGAAAGCCCUUUUCAACGUUCUCCAAGAGAAUGAGAAGCUUCACAAGGAAAUAGAAGCCAAAGAUGAGCAGAUUGCUAAGCUGCAAAGUGAAAAUGAUGAACUACAGGAGCUAGCGCAGCAUGUCCAACACAUGGCUGAUAUGAUUGAGCGGUUAACUGGUAAAAGUCCAGACAGCUUGGAAGACCUGCGAGAAAUUGCCUUUGAUGCAGAAGAUGAAAAUCCCGAGAGUGAAAAUGAAGAAUCUGGAAGUGAUCUGGAGGAUGAGACUGAGAAUGCAGGGGUUGAGACUGAAACAGAAGAUAAUGUUGCUUCAGAAGAUUCAUCAAAGUAGCCUGGAAAGAUUUCCAUGGACAAUUUGGGACUCUGGCAUUUGAUCUGUUAUGUUUUAAUUUGUGAUUUUUCUCAAGUGACGUGCAAUUUAUUUUUUUUUAAUUAGAGGUUUUAUUUAAUCUUUGUUACUGCAAGGAAUUUUACAUUUGAUGGUUGUGAGCAUGUUAUCUGUACAUAUGUAAAACUUGACAUGUAUGUGAAUAAACACCCAUAUUUUACAUUUUCUUUUGGCAAA